GAUGCAUACUAGUUUGAAUGACAUGUAAGCCUCCCGCGCCCUUGGGAUGAUCCAAAGCGGGUCUUGGCAACGGGAAUCUUCCCGAUCCCCGGGGUAUUCCCGACCUCCGCAAAAGAUAAGAACAGCAACAACUGCACCUGCAACAAACAAUCCAAUGUUUCGAGCAGCCAUCACUCCAUUACGAAUUUCCCCUUCAUACCCCCUUCUUCGACGCACAUUCAAAAUGAGUACGAACGGUGCCUCGUCCCAGCGCACAUUCCUCGCCUACCAACAUGACGCAAAGCUGCACACGUACGACACCACCGUAACCGCUGUGCUGCCAUUCUCGGCUCUUGAGGAAUCCAACCGCCUCCUCUUCAAGCAAGGCGGCGAAGAAGAUCACGUGGUGAUUACGGAGCAAACCAUUUUUCACCCUCAAGGUGGCGGUCAGCCCUCCGACGUGGGGAGCAUGACCCGCGCCGCCACCAAAUUCGCCGUGACAGCCGUGCGGAUGGGCCUUGCCCAGCGCGACGGCCAGGUCCUCCAUCUCGGCCGCUUCGAGGCGGCAGCAGCAGCAGCAGCAGCAGACGAUGCGAUCUUCCAGCCUGGCGACACAGUGCAACAGGCGAUUGAUGUGGAGAAGCGGUUGCUGUACUCGCGCCUGCACACCGCCGGCCACGUCGUCGGCUCCGCGGUGCGUUAUCUGGUCGAGAACGAGAUCGAGAACUUCGAUGAGUUGAAGGCUUCGCAUUUUCCCGACCUGGCGCAGUGCGAAUUCCGGGGGCUGAUUGACGGGAAGUGGAAGGAGCCGAUCCAGGGCAAGGUGGAUGAGUUUCUGGCGGCCAAGAUGCCGGUGCAGGUGGAGUGGUGGGACGAGGAGGACUUUCGCGCAAGGGGUCUGGAGCGGUUGAUCCCCGAUCGGGCGGCACUGGGGGUCCCUGCUGGGGAGAAAUUUCGUGUGGUCAAUAUCGUGGGCGCGGAGGUGUAUCCGUGUGGUGGCACGCAUGUCGAGACGACGGAUUUGUGUGGGCCGACGAAGGUGAGGAAGAUCUCGAGGAGCAAGGGUAUGUCCAAGGUUAGCUAUGCGGUGGAGUGAUAGAGUUCCGACUUUUGAAAUCUCGCUACGC